CCCGUCCCCUGGGCGGCCGUUGCCCUGACAGGAGCCCGCGAGCUCCGCGGGAGCCGGGCCAGUGCUGAUCCGAGCCGAGCCGAGCCGAGCCGGGGCCAUGCCGCUGGGUCGCUGGAAGAAGGCUGCUCCCUUGGUGGGAAACGACGAGGCGGAUGCCGAGAGCCAGCAGCUGGAGCCAGAGGCGGCGGGCGGGGAGCCGGGCUCGGGUUCGGCGCCGGCGUCCUCCUGUUGCUCCUCGGGCCCCCCGCUGCGGCCGCGCCUGGUCUUCCACACGCAGCUCGCGCACGGCAGCGCCACCGGCCGCGUGGAGGGGUUCACCAACGUCCGGGAGCUCUACACCAAACUGGGGGAGGCGUUCAACAUGGAGCCCGCGCAGAUUAUGUUCUGCACUCUGAACACCCACAAAGUGGACAUGGACAAACUGCUAGGUGGGCAAAUUGGCCUCGAAGAUUUCAUCUUUGCUCAUGUCAAAGGGCAGAAGAAAGAAGUUGAAAUCUACAAAUCAGAAGAUGCUCUGGGUCUUACCAUCACUGACAAUGGAGCAGGCUAUGCAUUUAUCAAGAGAAUCAAAGAAGGAAGCCUCAUUGACCGAAUAGAGGCAAUCAAGGUUGGGGAUCUAAUUGAGUCGAUCAAUGGCCAGAGUGUCAUCGGUUUUCGCCACUUCGAGGUUGCCAAGCUGCUGAAAGGUUUGGUGAAGGGACAGCUGUUUACACUGCGUCUUGUGGAGCCUCUUAAGGCUUUUGACAUGAUAGGGCAGCGUUCCAGAGGAGGCAAAUCUGCAUCAGGUGGGCAGGUGGGCACUGGAAAAGGAACACUACGACUGCGGGCGAAAGGGACUGCCACUGUAGAGGAAGAGCCAUCAGCAUUUGAAGAGAAGGCCAUUGAGAAGGUGGAUGACCUGCUGGAAAGUUACAUGGGUAUCAGAGACACUGAGCUAGCUGCUACCAUGGUUGACCUUGGCAAGAAUAAGAAGAAUCCAGAUGAGUUUGCACAGGCACUUGACGAGGAGCUUGGUGACUUUGCAUUUCCUGAUGAGUUUGUCUUCGAUGUCUGGGGUGCUAUUGGAGAUGCAAAGGCUGGGCGAUAAUCACUGGACACAAAUGCUGAGACUGUAUGAAAUCAGAGGAAAGGGCAUUUUUAAAAAAAAAUAUAUUUAUAUGCUAAUAAUUUUAGGACACUGGGUCCUGGGUUACUUUUCAUAGGAAUAUUUCCAGAUGAUUUUGUACAGUAAGACUGACCAAUAACUACUUGUUUCUAGACUAUCUGAUUUUUGUAAGCAUUUAAUUUGAGCACCUUUGUAGGUGCCAUAUUGUGGUGUGCUGAUGGUGUAUGCAUAUGUGGAUGCCACAACCUUUGAAAGGGUUCUGCUGUGACACUAUGCAGAAGUUAUUUUAAAUAUAUUUUUGCAGCCAUGUUUAUGGAAAUUUUAAGAUUGGGUUGGGAGAACAAAACUUCAUAUGAAGAUGUAAAUUCAGUCUACGUUGUAGGCUGCAAUUAAAAACGAGCAUAAUUAAGUGCACACUGCAAUAUGGCAAAACACUCGGGGUCCUCUACACCACUGAAACACUUUUAAAGUUGUGGUCUUAAACUAAUGAAUUUUAGUAGUUUUUCAGCUUGUUUGUAAUGAUCUUCCAGUUUCAGAUACCUGUUUAAGCAGAAGAUCAGGAAGAUGUGUUGGUAGGAAAGAAAGCAUUCUUUAAAUAAUAAGAGACUUGCAUUUUAUACUCGUGCAUGCUUGACCACCUCAGUGAUUCCCUAGUAGAAUAUAAAUGCAAGGUUUAUCAAAUUAUUUCUUCUAUUGUUUACAAGACCAUUAUGUCUGCAGUGCAUGGACUAAUGUUGUUUAAACUUCCCGAUGCUGGUUUAAACAACUAACUUGCAGCCAUGUGACUGAUAUUAAGAUUGUUUUGCACACAUCCAGUUCUUGAGGAGCACCUUUAAUGAUUAUCUUAAAGCUGCCAUGACUCAGACUUUGGUGAAAUAUAAUGGUGGAUAUGUGAAAUGUUCAAAUUGAAAAGUGCGCACCACUAAUUGUUGUCUUUUUAAUAACUGUGAUCAUCCAACCUUUGUACCUUGGCAAAGUGUUCUAAAGCGCAAGACUUGGAUUUCUGUAGCACCUUAAUAACCUCAGGAUGUCCCAAAGCACUUUACAGCCAAUUAAUAAUUUCCUUUGAAGUAGUCACUGUUGUGAUGUGAAGAAACAUGGCAGCCAAUUUGUACACCGCAAACUCUCAGGAACUGCAAUGUGGUAAUGAUCAGAUCACCUAUCUUAAUGAUAUUCGUUAUUAAAAAAAUAUCCAUUAGGACACUGGAGGAAAACUGCCCCACUCUUUUCAGACUAUGAUGCGGGCUGUUUGGUGUACACUGAAGAAGGUGGUUGAGGCCUUAAUUUAUGUGUGUUUUGGAAGAGGAUGCCUCAGUCUGUGCUGCACUCCCUACGUGCAUAAAGUGUUGGCUAGUUUUUUUUCCACUUGAGUGGAGGUGGAUGUGACGUGUAUGAAUCAAUGUUGGAGCGCUGUUGAUUUUGCUAUGACAAGAAUUAAGGCAUAUUACAUUUAAAGAAAUGUUUCCCCUAUUUCUUAGGUACCAAAUGCACACCGAAGAGUCUUAUUUAUAUCCAUCAGCUGUACAGCUUUUUAAAAAAAAGAAAUUGCUGGAAAAUCUCAGCAGGUCUGGCAGCAUCUG